AUGAGAGGUGGCGCGCAGGUCUCAGUCAUGCUCCUCCUGGUGACCGUGUCCGACUGUGCUGUGAUCACCGGGGCCUGCGAGCGGGACGUGCAGUGUGGGCCGGGCACGUGCUGUGCGGUCAGCCUGUGGCUGCGCGGGCUGCGCCUGUGCACCCCGCUGGGGCGGGAAGGAGAGCAGUGCCACCCGGGGAGUCACAAGGUCCCCUUCUCCAGAAAACGCCAGCACCACACCUGCCCCUGCCUGCCCAACCUGCUGUGCUCCAGGGCCCUGGGCGGCAGGUACCGCUGCUCCGCGGACUUGAAGAAUAUCAACUUUUAGGAGCUUGUCUGGCCUCGGGACACC